UCUGCGGGAUCAGAGGAUUUUCGUUGUUUCGGUAUCUCAUUCAAGUGCCGGAAGAGAGCAAGGAGGCUGUCGACAAUGGCGGACGAUCACAAAGAUGACGUAGAUAGGCUCUUUGCUUGCUUUAAGUGCGGAGUCUCGCCUCCCUCAUCGGCACUUAAGGACAGGAAAAGCAAUGCGCGGAAGCCUACCAGAUCGUCAAAAAGAGGAUCUCCAGUGGUUGAUGAGAAAACGCCUAGCUGUUUCAAGAAAGCAGAAGAUAAUGCCAUAGAGGGGCAGAAGUGUAGUUCAUCAACAACCGCCGCAAUAAAAUUUAGAAGUGGCAAGCAAAUCUCUCCAGUUAUCUUCUAUGGAUCUGCACGCGGUGUCCCUGUUAAAAAGCCAUCAAGGAUUUUGAGAUUGUUACAGGAAAUUCGUGUUGAUCUUAGGCAAGAGAAUUCUUUGAUCUCUAGGGAUGGUGUUUGGGCUACAUUCCCUAGACAAGAAGAGGCAAUCAGAUUUGCUAGAACACACCGAAGUUGUAAUGUGUUUAGUUAUCAAGAUCAUUUGACCGGGAAAAGACGGUUUCUUGCGUCUACAUAUGACGAGUUUUGGAAACGGUAUGAAAGUAUGGAUUCCAAAUUCCGACAUCAUUAUGAAGUUAUUCAAGAGGGUCAUCCUUGCCAUCUGUAUUUUGAUCUUGAAUUUAAUAUGAGACUCAAUGUUGGCAGAAAUGUAGAUGAGAUGGUAGACAUUUUGACAUCGAUCACUUUAAUUGCUAUAUCUGAGAAAUAUUCUAUUCAUGCAAAUCAUGAAUGUGUUGUAGAGCUGGAUUCAUCUACUGAAGAAAAGUUCUCACGUCAUUUGAUCAUCCGUCUUCCGAAGGCUGCCUUCAAAAAUAACUCACAUGUUGGUGCUUUUGUUUCUGAGAUUUGCUCGCGAAUUACAAGUUUGAGGAAAAUUGAUCCGCGAGUUAACAAAUUAUAUAUUAAGAAAGAUUCAUGUUGUACUGAUUUAGCCGACCAUCCUUUUCUUGAUACUGCUGUCUAUUCUCGAAACCGCUGUUUUCGUCUACCUUUCUCUUCAAAGUCUGGGAAAAGCUCUGUUCUGGUACCCACUGGACGCUUCAAGUGUAACAACAAUAGUAAACAACAAGUGUUUUUGGAAUCUCUUAUAUGCAGAGUGGACGGAGAUUGUGAGAAACUUCUGACAUGCAAAAUGGAUCUAGAUUGCAUGAAAGCUCUUUCUUUUGAUACUGAGGUUCAUGCACAACCUCGCAAUUUUCCCGGGGAUUUUGAUUCCAAUCAUCAUGGCAGUGACACUACUAUCAGUUACAUUUCAGGGAGAUCACCAUUUCCUGCUUUGGACGCUUUUGUGGAAUCCAUUGCGUCAAUUGGAAAUGCUUCAGGGAAAAUCCAAAGCUGGUAUUGGUUUUCAGCAUAUGGCUUAAUGGUCUACAACAUGUCUAGAAAUAGAUACUGUGAACGCAUAGGAAGAGAACAUAAAAGUAAUCAUGUACUGUAUGUGGUAGACUUCCAGAGAGCUGGCUACUACCAGAAAUGUCAUGAUCCUGAUUGUAGAGGAUAUCGUUCUCCUUUCCGUCCAUUACCAUGGGAUGUGCUUCUUGACAGUUCUGCAUUACCAAAUUCAACUCAAAUAGAAAAUUAUGCGCAGGUUGUCGAUAUAAAUCUUGAUCUUCAGGUGGGCAAUACUAACAUGGUUGCAUUUGAUAAUGAGCAGUUGUCAACAGAUUGUUGCACAGACAUGAGCUGGUGGCAUAAAGCUAUAAGUUUUGCUGAAUAUACUGAGAAUAUGAGAAAUGUGCCUGAUUUCAGUGCAUUUGAUGAAGACAUGAUGGAUGAUGAUUGCGCAUGGUGGACCGAUGUUGAAAAGUUUGUAUCGCAAGUUGAAUAGCAAACUAGUUUAUUUAUUAUUACUUGAUGCUCAAAUUGCUACUUGUAGAUUAAGACAGCUAGCCUGUGGUCUUGAAACAUUGUAAGCAAUUUUGGCAGUAAUUAGAUAAUUUA